AUGGCAGAACAAGCGUAAGUUUGCACACCGUCUGAAAGAGAUUUCCAUUAGCCCUGGACGCCGGAAACCGCAAAGGACAGUCAAGUUUUGAUUUUCAAGGGGAAAGCCUUCGCUAAACUUUCGCUCAGCCGCCAGACCUGUUGGUUCCUGGGAGGGGCUCUUUGGAAACCUCGAAGAUUCCUACACUCUCGAAGACCCAGAGCGGUGGAUUACGUCUGUCCUGGAACCAGAAAUUAAAAGCCCGGCUGUGCCAGGCUGUCUGAAUGGACCAGCACCUACGCUUUGAAGAUCUGAAGGCUCGCCUUGCAAGAGAUCGGUCUCUGGGGUGAUUUGUUUGCUUCCCGGCGAGGGAUGGAGAAACGUAAGCCGGCCGGACUGCUGCCCCUGCGGUCGUGCCACCUCCGCGGCGAGCCCCUGCACCUGCCGGGGUCCCUGCCCCGCCUCCCCCUCGGGGACCCCUUCAGGGUCUCGUGGCGUCUCGACGCCGCGUGCCUGGAGCGGGCGCCCCGGGACUGCGCCGCGAGGCGGUCGUGCCCGCCGCUGCCGCUGGACCGCGCCUUCGAGCCCGCCUUCCUCCGCAGGCGCAACGAGCGCGAGCGGCAGCGGGUACGCUGCGUGAACGAGGGGUACGCGCGCCUGCGAGACCACCUGCCCCGCGAGCUGGCCGACCGGCGGCUCAGCAAGGUGGAGACGCUCCGCGCCGCCAUCGGCUACAUCAAGCACCUCCAGGAGCUGCUGGAGCGCCACGCCCGGGGGCAGGAGGGCCCCGCCGGCACCCGUCCCCCGCGCGCCGCCGAGUGCAACAGCGACGGCGAGUCCAAGGCCUCGUCGGCGCCCUCGCCCUGCAGCGAGCCCGAGGAGGCGGGCAGCUAG